AUGGCCGACAUUAGUAAAGCUCUUGAUCGGGUGUGUGAGAAAUUUGGAAUUACGGAGUUAAACAAGUAUCAGAAAGAAGCUAUCCUGCAAAUAGUACAGAGGAAGACUGAUGUGUUCAUAAAUUUGCCAACGGGAUUUGGGAAAUCCCUUAUAUAUCAAGCUUUGCCGCUUGUUUGUGACACGGUGCGUGGAACUACUGGACAUAUUGUUGUUGUUGUUUCGCCCCUAGUCAAUCUUAUGAAGGAUCAAGUUGGAAAGCUGGUAAAUAUUGGCAUUCCUGCUGUAACGCUAAGUGAUAUUAGUGAAGAUAAUAUGAAGGCUGUCGAGAGAGGGGCUUUCUCUGUCGUUUAUGGAAGCCCAGAAGCGUGGUUGAAGAUCGAUCGGUGGAGGAAAAUGUUAGCGAGUGAUUUGUACAGAAAGAAACUUUGUGCUUUCGCAGUUGACGAAGCACAUGUUGUAAAGCAGUGGUAA